AUGUCGUCUGAUAGCAGCCCAGAAGCCCCGGUGCGACCUACUGGCUUGCUCGAUGCCCUCGCCCAUCUAGAGACAGUUGCACAUCUGCCCACCAAGCAGAGACGGAUAGACGUCCGCUACUUAGCCAAGGUCAUCGCUUCUGACGCGUAUGAGGAGGGAAUCUCCCCGGCGGCCCUGGAGCGUCUGGUAAACCUCAUAACGGCACAGAAUGAACUGGAUCAAAGCACACUUACCAUCCUAAUCAAAAACUUAUAUCCGCAAGAUAAAAUCUCCACCCAAGUGGUGACCAAGGUGGUUUGCUGCCUCGGCCCUAGCAAGAACAAGCCCUCGGCGGCAACGCAAGCGCAGCUUUUGCGAUGGUUGAUCCUCACAUACGAUUACCUUGAAGACAGCACACAUCUCUUGAAGCUGUAUACAGUGCUCUUUAACUUUCUCGAUAUGAUCAGCUUGCGGAAACCGUUGUGUCAUUUACUUUCUCUGCUCACGAGACGCAAGCACGUAAAGCCAUUUCGUAUCCAGGCGCUUAUGGAACUGCACCGGAAUUCUGGCGGAGACGAGAAGGAGCUCCUUGGCUUGCUGCAGGUGUUCAAAAACUACUAUCCUGAAAUCAUUAUCGGAGAGUCGGGGCUAUCACGACGGGCAGGAGCGUUUUUCAAGCACCCUGAUCCGGAGUGGUCCAGCCAUGUGAAAUCUCUCCAGGAUAGGCGACUGGAAAGAACGCUGGCAACUGGGGGAACUAGUUUUCAAGUUGUGCGUCGAGGCAUAGUCAAGCGGAGCAAGGUGGAAAUGAUUGUUCCAGACGUGCAGACCUCUCGGGUAUCGCAGAACCACACAUCGCUGGAGGAGCUACGAAGCAUCAGUGACUUUGUUGAGAAGCUGGACCAGAUUGAGCCGCCUAACCAAAUGGUCUCGGUUCUCGGAGACAAUAUGGCCCAGAAAUACUUGCUGCUCCUGCAGCCAGAGAUUGCGAAUCGGCGACUGAAUGAUUGGCUGAAUGCGUUCCUGGUGGACAGGUUGGAGCAUACUCAUGAUGGUGAUGAAAAUGAGCCGGAGGCACUUACCUUUGUCUUGUCUCUUGCGGUAGAAUAUGCCCGGCAUACCAAGGAACUUCCUGCCUCGGUCUCUUCGUUUCUCACUAAAUUUCUUCCUUUGUGGAACGGACGAGACCACCGUGAUCAAAUUCUCGGUCUUCUCGAGUAUCUUCCGCAUGAAUCAUUUGAAGUCAUACACAGGGACUUUCUCAGGCCGGUAGAAGUCGCUAUUCUGAAGACCAACCCGUUUGCAAAGACCACCCUACUUGACUACUACUCUACCUUGAUACGACAGUGGGGGAUUAAAGUCCGGGUCCAGUCUUCUCCCUCCGAGGAAUCGAAGCCCCUGAGCCAACUAAUUGCGCACGCAGAGCUCCUGGCUCUGUCUGUUCUCGAAAUCCCCCCCCAUGCAGGUAACGGGAUGAGACCAGCCAGUCUAUCGGUCAUUGAAUUCUAUAGCUCUGUCUCUUCCCUGUUCUCUCAUGCACACCUGAAUGGAAGGAUUCGAAUCACGGUCCCCAUGGCGCCGACAGUCUACACAUUAGCAUUUACACCCAUCGCCUCACUCACUUCGAUCCUGGGCUCAAUACUCACAACCUACAAAACCUCUUUUGAGACUUCCCUGACCUCCGAGGUCCUUCAGGUCCCUAGCUCUUCCGAGUCAUUGUAUCCGACCGAGCUGGUGGGCCAGUUCAACGGCUAUGUCAUGGACAUCUGCAACCUGGUGUGGCGGAACCGUGCUCUCAAUGCCGAGGAUCCAAAUGCACUCGGUUGUCUGGUCCCAGCCUCAACCGUUGCUACGCUGACCCGAUACAUUCGCGACACCAACGAGGCCUCCAAAGAACGCAAACGAGAAGACGCCUUCCACUAUAAUCUCACUUCAGUGUUCUCUUUGAGUCACCACGCAGCGCUGUGUAACUUUUCUGCGGCCUGUAUCGUAGAUAUCGAGAGGACAAACGGUCUCACCGACAGCCAGCCGAGACUGCAAAAACCCGUGACGCAAAAGGCAUUGAGUGCAUUGGAGAAAGAGGGCGGUAUCAAACUCUCUUGGCAGGAAUACAGACUGCGGAUGCUCGAAUGGCUGGACGGAGUGGGCAGUCAGGGGAUUGGCGAUCUCAUGAGGAGUACGAUGAAGGCUUUACGGAAAGAGUAG